GGACAUCUGCGACGGCGAGAACCUUUGCGCCGGAUACAUGCGCUACACAGGCGACGACGAGCGCAAUUGCAUCGAGUGGUGCGGACGCCCGCAAUUCUGCGCGUUCGCAGCGAACGAGGUGGACGACGACCCGACGCCACCAUUGGUUGGUAAUCCUUCAUGGACAAGCUAUGUCAAAGCGGAGUACCUCAAGGCGCUGGGCGUCACGCCCAUGGACCUUUAUGCGAUGUUGCCGGGCUACCAGAGGCCAAAGAUGCCCCUGGAGGAUGAGCCCCGUACUUUAAAUUGCUCAGACUUCGGAUCUUCGCCCCUGGAGAGCCGUGUGGCCCUGAUUCCCGGCGAUGCGACGGAGCUCCCGCCAGGCGCGGACUGCUACGUUGCCUUUCAAGCUGCCGGCCAAAGCAGAACUCAGCUGCCUGUGCAGGGGAUUCUGAGUGAGGUGGAGGAUCCGCUACUUCCGGUUUUUUCGGCAUCGGUGCCAGACCAGGACUUUGCCCCUGGUACUGCUUCGCCUGGUGAGCCACGGCGCUUCUUCUUCGAUGCCAUCCCGGAGUUUCCCACGACCGUCGCCUACAGGAAGAAGUACACGCUCUCCGUCUACUUCCUUUCGCAGGACAGCUACUGCGCAGGGCCCAAUGGCACGAAGCUGUUUGCAGAGUCAGUGAAGGAAGACAUGCUCGCUCAGCACGUCUACAUCGAGGACGGGACCCAUGAGACCCGGGAGGCUGCGUUCAAGCACUACCACUUCACCAUGUUCUGCGGAGAUUUCUCCGAGCAUCCUUUCCCGCCACUGGCCCUGGUCUACUCACUGGCAUAUGUGGCUCAU